GAUAAACGUACUAAGUUAAACAAAGUGUACUUAAAGAAAAUCUUGUGUGAAAGCAGAAAUCCGUUAAAACAAAAAUACGAAAUUCAAAAUGCUGAAAUUUAUUUUGAUUGCUUGUCUUUUAGUACAAAUCGCCUUAGCGGCGCCACUUGACCAAGCGGAAGCAGAGGAGAAGGCUGAAUUGGAACGUAUCCAAAAUGAAAGUGCCCAAUAUGCCUAUGGUUCGAAUAUUGAAGAUAAUAUAAAUGAUGGAGCUAUUCAACGCGAGGAGACGCGCGAUGGUACCAAGGUUAAAGGCAUGUACUCCUACCGUGACGGCUAUGUCAUGCGCACCGUUCACUACGAAGCCGAUGAAAAUGGCUACCGCGUCGUUAAGGAGGAUACACAAGAGAUUGGCGAUGGACCACAGUUCGAUGAGAAUGGUGAGGCCACCGUUGAAGGUUCGUUGAUUCCAAAAUACUCCAUUCGUUUGGACAAAUCCGAUAAUGAGAAACACUACAAGGAUGCGCGAUUCAGUUAAAUCGAUUACUUAUUGUACAAAUCGCUUUAUAAGCUGCUUAAUUAAGAAAACAGACUGAAACAAAAAAUUACAAUAUUUCUUGCUUUGUUACACUUUAUUGUAGUCGUUGCGGUAAAUUUAUGAAGAAGCAUUACUUAAAUGACAUGUUUUUCUUUUUAAUGUUACAACUUGAAUUAAAUGUGAUUUCUUCACAAGAAUAAAAAAAAAA